UCAUGCAUUCUUCACUACAUACUCCCUACUUACAAAGUACACAAUAAAGUUAAGGUACAAAAAGAUUAACAAGAGAUGACAAUAAGGUGUUUAGCCGUGUUCCUCGUUGUUCUUACUGUGGCUCAAUCCGUCACUGCCACAAGACCGGCCCCGGCCAAGAAUGUCGGAGCUGGCCUUGACGACCAAAAGAACUUUGUUGCGUUUGCUGGCAUCGGUGGAGCUGCUGGAGUUGGUGGUGUUGGUGGUGUCGGAGCAGGUCUUGGUGGUGUAGCUGGUGGAGUCGGUGGUGUAGCCGGAGUUCUUCCUGUAGGUGGAGUAGGAGGGGGAAUUGGUGGCUUAGGAGGUGUAGGUGGUCUCGGCGGUGGUUCAGGUCUCGGUGGUGGAAUAGGUGGAAUUGGUGGUGGUUCAGGUCUUGGUGGUGGUGUAGGUGGGCUCGGCGGUGUAGGCGGUCUGGGCGGAGUUGGUGGUUUAGGAGGAAUUGGCGGUGGAAGCGACUGCGGUGGUCUCACGCAUCCUUGAGCCUUAAUGAUAAAAGCGUUUUUUUCUUCUCUCUAUAAACAAAAGAUCGAUCGAAGGGUUCAUAAGUAUUAAUAUUUGUAUCCAUCCUAUCAUGUUGUAAGUUUUUCCCCGAUGUUAUGUACUUAUGUUUAUGUUUAUGUUUUUUUCAUUUUUCAUGCUGUUUGUUAUUUAUUAGUACUUGUGAGAAACCUUGUGCUAUCAAUAAAUAGAGUGUGUGUGUUUUCGUGUA